ACUGCCACGUCCCACUUCAAAAACACACGUACAUCAUAGACUGUCAAGCUGCAUUCUACAAACCGCAGCCGUUCGGUCAGAAGAAGCACAGAGAACGGGAAGUCAAAGAGUAGAAGUUGAAAUGGAAGAGACGACAUUUUUUAGAAACCGAUACUGGAUCUUGCGACAUGGCAAAAGCAUUCCCAACGAGAGAGGCCUCAUUGUUUCAUCUCUGGAAAAUGGCGUCCUUUCACAGUACCAAUUAGCGUCUGAAGGUGUUGAACAGGCUCAAUUGGCUGGAGAGUUAUUCGUUAAGCAAUUGGAGGAAAGAAACAUACCACUAGAAAGUGUCCGCAUAUGCUACUCUCCAUUUGCAAGAACAAGUCACACUGCUAAAGUUGUUGCUUCUGUUCUUAAUCUUCCAUUUGAAGGUCCUCAAUGUAAGGUGAUAGAAGAUCUUCGAGAACGGUACUUUGGCCCUUUAUUUGAACUCAAGUCACAUGAUAAGUAUCCUGAGAUAUGGGCACUUGACGAGAAAGAUCCAUUCAUGCAACCAGAAGGUGGAGAAAGCGCUAAUGAUGUUGCUACCAGACUUGCAACCGCCAUGGCAACUAUGGAGUCGGAAUUUCAAGGAUGUGCUGUACUGAUUGUGAGCCAUGGUGAUCCUUUGCAAAUCUUGCAAACAAUACUAAAUGCAGUUAAGCAACACAAUGGAUCCACUUGUAAUGACUUGUCAUCAAGAAUUCAAGCAGUCAAAAUACCUUCAAUCUUGUCUCAGCAUCGGAAGUUUGCCUUGCUUACUGGAGAGCUUCGGCUGGUUAUAUAAAUAUCAACACUCUGCCAAGAAGCUAAACCUUGCAACUUUGGUAAACUAUUUUUAGUGUAGAUCCUGGAAGUGAUUUUUGCAACCAGCCAAGUUGGAGAAGCACUUAGACAUUUGGAUCGAAUUCAUAGUCUUAUUAAUAAUCUAUGCCAUGGAAGAAGAUACAGCUUGUUGCAUUGGCGUAUUAUUUAUUAGAGUUAUUGUUUCCUGUUAUAGAUUUUUGUAGAUGAUAAGUUGGAAAAACAACUUGGACUGAUGAACAUUAAACAGCACUGAUCAGUUAUAAGAAAUAAAAAACACAGUGAUAAUCAGUUUUGA